GCAGACCACAGGAGUGCUGCCCACUGGUAGUGCUAAGCUACAUGAAUUACAGGAACAGUGACUAAAGAGCCUACCUCAAGACCCUCCACAGCACUCCCACCAAGACAGGAAGAAUGAAAAUAUUAAGCCACAUCCUUUAUGUUACUCUGUUACUGCUUUCCAACGUAUCGUGUUACAAAGUGUUCAUAGAGAGGGAGAAGGCACAUCACGUGCUGAGAAAACGUGCCAACCAUUUCCUAGAGGAAAUUCUUCCAGGAAACCUAGAGCGGGAAUGUUAUGAAGAAACAUGUUCUAGAGAGGAAGCUCGAGAAAUUUUUAAAUCACAGGAGAAAACGACAGAGUUUUGGUAUCACUAUAAAGAUCUUAGCCCAUGCAAAGAAAACCCAUGUCAAAAUGGAGGAAUCUGCCAACAGUAUCACUACACAUAUACUUGCUUGUGCCCCCCUCGUUAUGCUGGGAGACACUGUGAAAAUGUGCGACAGGAGUGCUGGUAUAAGAAUGGAGGAUGCUGGCAGUACUGCACAGACACCCCCCGAGCACUCAGCGUGACCUGCUCCUGUGCAAAUGGCUACACCCUGGAAGACGAUGGCAAGAAAUGUGCCCCAGCUGUUAAAUUUCCUUGUGGACUGACAGCUUUCUCAUCGCGCUCUCUUCUGGAUCUGGAAUCAGAUGAACUCUUCAAUACGGACUACAACAUCACUACUCGUUCCCCACCCAGUUGGACACCGACCGCGUCUAAACCAAGAAGUUUAAAUGAAACUCUAGAGCUGUCCCUCAGUAACGAGACUGAAUCAGCUCAAACAAUAAACAAACCAUCGGCAACUAUGUCAUCUCAGCACUUGGGAGGAAUAAAGAAUGACACCAACAGUUCAUAUAUAAGUGUUGGUGGUUAUGGUCCUCUUGAAAAUUCAGCGACUAACAUGAAUCAUACAAACAGAACAGACAGUGGACAUGGUUAUUCUGAGAGCUCCCUGGCAGAUGAACAUGCCCGGAUUGUUGGCGGCAUGCUCUGUGAGUUGGGGCAGUGUCCGUGGCAGGUCUUAGUCCGUACAAUCCGAGGAGUCGAUUUCUGUGGUGGGAGUCUUAUUAGUGCACGCUGGGUAUUGUCAGCUGCCCACUGCUAUGAGGAUGUUGUUCCUCAUCAUGUUACCAUUGGUGAUUUUGACAAAAAUCUGCGGGAUAGGGAUGAACAGAAGAUUCACGUCUUACAAGUUUUUUCCCAUCCAUAUUACCUAGGAGCUUAUUAUGAUCAUGACAUUGCACUUCUGUACUUACGCAACCCAGUUGUCUUUGGUGAAUACUCACGACCCAUCUGCUUGCCUACUCCUAGCCUUGGGCGUUUACUAACGCAGGAAGGGGAGGUAGGGCAAGUAAGUGGAUGGGGAUCUACACGCUUUCAAGGACGUGCUAGUCGUUUUUUACUAAAGGUCCGGUUACCUGUUGUCAGCCAAGAGGCCUGCACCGCAUCCACUGAAAAUGUGUUAACAGGAAACAUGUUCUGUGCUGGAUACAGCAUUGAAGCCAAAGAUGCCUGUAAAGGGGACAGUGGAGGUCCAUUUGCUGUAUUAUAUCGCAAUUCCUGGUACUUGGUGGGGGUCGUGAGCUGGGGAGAAGGAUGUGCAGCAGAAGGAAAAUAUGGUGUAUAUACAAGAGUGUCAAAUUAUAUUUCAUGGAUAAAGGACACUAUCAUUGAAACAGAGGGAUUUGAUGAGUCACUUGUCCAGACAUUAUGAUCUACCACUGUUAUCCAGAAAACAAUUCUGUCAUGUAGAAUAAAUUAUACAAGUUCAUAUAGAGAGAAAA